AUGGACCGAUUGUCGCGGUUAUUGAGUGCAAUACUGCUACUCAUCGCCCUGCCACUCGCAGCAGCCCUCAAAUUCGAAAUCCACGCCGUUCAACCGCACGACGCGAACAAGUACGAGCGAUGCAUACGGAAUUUCGUGGCCAAGGAUCAACUGGUGGUGGUUACGGCCAUUGUCAGUGGCUAUCGUGGGGAUGGACAGACGCUGAAUAUGCAUAUCCGCGAUGCGAUGGGCAAUGAUUAUGGAAGACCAAAGGACGUAUACGGCGAGAACAGAUACGCCUUCACCUCUCACGCUGAUUCGGCAUUUGAUGUUUGCUUCCAAAAUGUCCUCAGCGGCAGCACUUCAGGCACCGCAAACCCAUCGCGCCACGUGGAACUAGAUAUAGAUAUAGGAGCGGACGCCAAAGACUGGUCUGCGAUCCAAGCCAGCGAGAAGCUGAAGCCCGUCGAAGCGGAGUUGCGCCGGAUCGAGGAGGUCAUUGGCGAGAUUGUUUCCGAUAUGGAUUAUCUGAGGGCGAGAGAACAGAAGCUGAGGGAUACGAAUGAGAGCACGAAUGAGCGCGUCAAGUGGUUUGCUUUCUGCACAAUGGGCAUGCUGGUGGGCUUGGGUGUUUGGCAGAUUGUGUAUCUGCGGGCGUACUUCAGGAGCAAGCACCUUAUCUAG